GGAGGAAAGAAGAAAGGGAGGGGAGGGGAGAAUCGAGGACGGCCGGCCUAGCCAGGCCAAGAAUGCAAUUGCCCCGGUGGUGGGAGCUGGGAGACCCUUGUGCUUGGACAGGACAGGGUCGGGGGACACGCAGGAUGAGCCCCGCGACCACUGGCACCUUCUUGCUGACAGCCUUUUUAUUAAGCUGUGCUGAUGGCAUAAAUGGAACAGUUAACUGGAAGACCAAACAGGCCAACAGUUUUAUUAUCAGCAGAAAAAUGACUGGUGGGAAGAAAGAUGUGUACACUAUUUUCUCAAAGGUGCACUCUGAUCGGAAUGUAUACCCGUCCGCAGGUGUCCUCUUUGUUCAUGUUUUGGAAAGAGAGUAUUUUAAGGGGGAAUUUCCACCUUACCCCAAGCCUGGCGAGAUUAGUAAUGAUCCUAUUACAUUUAACACAAAUUUAAUGGGUUACCCAGACCGACCUGGAUGGCUUCGAUAUAUCCAAAGGACACCAUAUAGUGAUGGAGUCCUAUAUGGGUCUCCAACAGCUGAAAAUGUGGGGAAGCCAACAAUAAUUGAGAUAACUGCCUACAAUAGGCGUACCUUUGAGACUGCAAGGCAUAAUUUGAUAAUUAAUAUAAUGUCAGCAGAAGACUUCCCGUUACCAUACCAAGCAGAAUUCUUCAUUAAAAAUAUGAAUGUAGAAGAAAUGUUGGCCAGUGAGGUUCUUGGAGACUUUCUUGGGGCAGUGAAAAAUGUGUGGCAGCCAGAGCGUCUGAACGCCAUAAACAUCACGUCGGCCCUAGACAGGGGCGGCAGAGUGCCGCUUCCCAUUAAUGACAUGAAGGAGGGCGUUUAUGUCAUGGUUGGUGCCGAUGUUCCGUUUUCUUCUUGUUUACGAGAAGUUGAAAAUCCACAGAAUCAAUUGAGAUGCAUUCAAGAAAUGGAGCCUGUGAUAACAUGUGAUAAAAAAUUUCGCACUCAGUUUUACAUUGACUGGUGCAAAAUCUCGUUGGUCGAUAAAACAAAGCAAGUGUCCACCUAUCAGGAAGUGAUUCGAGGAGAGGGGAUCUUACCUGAUGGUGGAGAGUACAAACCCCCUUCUGAUUCUUUGAAAAGCAGAGACUAUUACACGGAUUUCCUAAUUACACUGGCUGUGCCUUCGGCGGUAGCACUGGUCCUUUUUCUAAUACUUGCUUAUAUCAUGUGCUGCCGACGGGAAGGAGUGGAAAAGAGAAACAUGCAAACACCAGACAUCCAGCUGGUCCAUCAUAGUGCUAUUCAGAAAUCUACCAAAGAACUUCGUGACAUGUCCAAGAAUAGAGAGAUAGCAUGGCCCCUGUCUACGCUUCCCGUGUUUCACCCUGUAACUGGGGAGAUCAUACCUCCUCUGCACACAGACAGUUACGAGAGCACGAAUAUGCCACUGAUGCAAACGCAGCAGAACUUGCAACAUCAGACUCAGAUUCCCCAACAGCAGACUACAGGUAAGUACUAAAAGUAGUAAGUUGAUAUUAAACGUAUGAAGCUAACAGAUUAAAAGAUUAUUAUAGGACCGUGUCAUUUAUGAAGCUUUAGCUUCAUCAAGUAAGGCAAACCAGUUGUGUCAUUCCUUAAUCAGAGUUAGAACCUUAGAAUAAUAGCUUAGAUUAUUGCAUAGAUUGCCAUCAGAGUGAUAAACACAGGGUAAAUGAUCUUAGAGCAAAAGCAGCCAUGGAGGUCCUGUCUAAUUAAGGAAGACUGAAUAAAAUCCCCUUCCUUCAGCGAAGCUCCCUAUUCUUCCCCUUGGUAUGAAAGAUUCUUAGCUUGGAUGCAUCCAGGAUUUGUCUCAGUAAGUGAGCAGCUUGAA